AUGGCAGACUACGAUAGCGAUUCCUCUCAAGAGGAGUUCACCGAAACCAAUGUGCUCCUCGGCUACGCCACUAAGGAUGCCGACGACGACACAAUUAGCCGUCUCGGCGGCCGACCCGACUGGCUGAACCCCGAGCAACCGCCCUCCGCAGCUCUCGCCCGCUGCAAGGUCUGUGACGACAUUAUGGUCCAGCUCCUUCAGCUCAACGGCGAACUCCCCGAAAAGUUCCCCGGCCACGAACGCCGCCUCUACGUCUUCGCCUGCCGCAGGCCGACCUGCCGGCGCAAGCAGGGCAGCAUCCGCGCCCUUAGAGGAGUUAGGAUAUCCAAUGACGCACCUGCAGUCAGCACAAAAAAGGCUCCCGCGCCAAAGGAGGAGAAGAAGAAGGACGAGGAGGAGAAACCCAAGAACGACGGCCCAGGCCUAGGCAGCGCCCUCUUCGGCGGCGGCUCUGGCUCCUCCGCAAACCCCUUCUCGAGCAACUCGAACCCUUUCAGCACGGGAUCCUCAAGCAGCCCCUUCAGCACCGCCGCGCCGUCCUCAAACCCCUUCUCGAAACCCGCCGAGAAGAAGGAGACCCCGGAGCCCGAAACGACCACAAAGACAGACACAGACGCAGCCGCGGAAGCCCUCCCCAAGACCUUCGCGGAAACCCUCUCCCUAAACAACCCUCAAACCCCCUCCGGCCCGCCGCCUCUCCCGGAACCCUGGCCCGAGACCUCCUCCUCCUCCUCCCCCAAGCCGUACCCGGUCUCUUACCUCGCGGACGCCGAGUACGAGACGCUGGACCCGGAACCGGCCGCCGUGCCGCAGAACGCGCGGAUGGAGGUCGACGCGGACGGGCCCGGCGGCGCGGGCGGGUCGGCCGACACCAAGGACGUGUUCGAGUCGUCCAUGGACGCCGUGUUCCAGAAGUUCGCGGACCGCAUGGCGCAGAACCCGGAGCAGGCGAUCCGGUACGAGUUCGGGGGCGCGCCGCUGCUGUACUCCAAGGCGGACGCCGUCGGGCGGGCGCUCGCGGCGUCCGGGGGCCGGCUGCCGCGGUGCGGGAACUGCGGCGCGGGCAGGGUGUUCGAGGUGCAGAUGACGCCGCACGCGAUCACGGAGCUCGAGGCGGAGGAGCUGUCCCUGGAGGGCAUGGACUGGGGCACGAUUAUCGUGGGGGUUUGCGAGGCGGAUUGUCAGCAGAGGGGGGUCGAGGUUGGCGCGGACGGGUAUCUUGAGGAGUGGUGCGGUGUUCAGUGGGAGGAACUUGCGAAGCGUGGAGUGUCGGGCGUGGAAUCUCGUCCGGAGUAG